AUGUCGCUUCCAAUUAUUCGUCUGCGCACCGUGAACUUGAACCAUGCGACGGCGGCGGAGGACCCUGUUACGGCCUCCUGCACGCUCUACAGUUUUCUUCGCUCCGUUCCAACUCGCUUUGAAUGCGAGAUGGCGAUGAGCGACUUUAGGCACGGCGUCCAGGCGGCGCAGGGACACGUGUACCUGACGAAGAACAACGCCAAGAUGCUCACCCUAGUCUCCGCUGUCGUCCAGGACCAUAUGUUUCGGCACCCGCCAAAGGUGAGUCCACAGCUAGCGAGGACGGCGCCAACGUGGCGACGGCUGCUGAACAAGGAGGAAUUGACGGGACCCGCGCCGGACUCGACAGCAGCGGUGCAGUUGCAGGGCAACGCAAGCGUCCUGCGCGACGACGAGAGCACGCAACCACCGCAGCGACCGAGCCCCUUAUCAUCCGUGGACGCGAGUGGGCAGCGCGGACACAACGCCUACACGGGUGAUGAGCCUUGCGACAGCAGCGAGGAGGUGGUGGUGAUGGAGACAGUCUCCACAACCUCCACGCGGUUCAAGAGCCCCUACGAGCAAAUAAUUCCACCCACCUGCUUGCCGGCGCCAGAGCACACAUCCAGCACAGCAGCGAUAGAGAUUGACGCGGGGACGGAGGAAAAUCAAGAGGCCGACACGGAUGACGGGCACCGCGAGGGAAGCAUCCACCUUCCAGGAAAACGUUACAGGCCGCACCCACUGCUUCUUGCCAUUUUGGAGCGGGUUCGCGUCUCCUGCACGGCUGAAGAGCAUGAAAGCGACCAAGAGGAGCGUGAGUUCAACACCAUGAUGGAGUCGAGAGAAAAAGCUCUCCGCACUAAACUAGCGAGUGCCUUUUCAAUGAUUUCACCCAAUAACAAAGGCUGCAUUGCGUUUUUGCAGAAAAUAGAGGCACGUAUCGCUGCCGCGAAAAAACUCUUUGAGGUUCAAAAGUACGAGGAGGAGACGAUUAGGAUGACAGAAUGUGCAUUGAAGCUUGAAGUUGCAGCGAUGCGAGCGAUGCUUCGCCAGAUUGUGGACGCCGUCGCAGAUGCAGAGGAACGUCAUGAGCGGGAAGGUCCUCGCAGUUUACACUACGCAGAGGAGUGCCAGGUUAUGGCAGCAAUCCAGCAGGCCCUGGAAGAGUUGCCUUAA